AUGGCUACUGAAAGGGGUCUUGAAAGAACUUGCCUUGUGAGUGAGAAGGACACCAAGAAGUACUCCUUGGCCCUAGACAGGAUGAACUGGCAUCAGAAGAAUUCAAAUGAAGAGAGGCAGCAGCAGGAAGCAGAAGUUACAGGAGCUAAUCCAGCAUAUCACUGUCACAGCUACUCCCAGGCCUAUGAGAACAGACAGAGGGAGCAGCAUCAAGCCAGGAGGAAGCUCUGUGUAGCAUCAGUAAUUUGCACCUUCUUCAUGAUUGCUGAGAUAACAGGGAAGUAUGUGUGCGGGCACAUCGCGGGCAGCCUGGCCGUGCUCAGCGACGCGGCGCACAUCCUGGUGGACCUCACCAGCUUCCUCAUCAGCCUCCUCUCGCUGUGCCUCACCUCCAAACCUCCCACCAAACAGUGCACCUUUGGCUGGCACCGAGCAGAAAUUCUGGGAGCUUUGAUGUCUAUGAUCAUAGUUUGGAUGGUGACUGGUGUGUUGAUAUAUUUGGCUUGCAUGAGGCUGCUACACCCGGAUUAUGAUAUUGAUGCUACAGUGAUGCUCAUUACCUCUGCUUGUGCUGUGCUCACCAACAUCCUGCUAAGCCUGAUUCUGCACCAGACUGGCCACGGGCACAGCCACGGGGCACAAGGCAGGGAAGGCACCUCAGCCCCUCUGGAGCCAGCUCUGAGCAAUGCCAGCCUGCAGGCAGCCUUUGUGCAUGCCAUUGGAGAUCUAUUCCAGAGCAUUAGUGUGCUAAUUAGUGCACUUAUCAUCUUCUUUAAGCCACAGUACAAAAUAGCCGACCCAAUCUGCACAUUUGUGUUUUCCAUCUUUGUUUUGGCAACUACCAUCACGAUUUUAAGGGAUAUUUUAACUAUAUUAAUGGAAGGAACAUCAAAAGGAUUUGCUUAUGAUGCUGUAAAAGCAAGAAUUUUAACAGUUGAAAAAGUGGAGUCUGUUCACGACCUUCAUGUUUGGGCUCUGACAAUGAAUCAAACUGCUCUCUCUGCUCACAUUGCCACAGCAGACUCAACAGACAGCCAGAAGAUUUUGAGAGAUGUCACCCAAGCCCUGUUUGAGCAGUACAGCUUCCACUCCGUCACCAUUCAGAUUGAAUCAGGGCAGGAUCAGAAACCAGACUGUGUCUUCUGCCAAGAGCCCAGGGAUUAAAGGGAGCACCGUGCUGUGCCAAAUAACCACCACCCCUCUUACAGGUCAAUAAAGGCUGUAUGUGCUGGUUGAGUGUGAUUGAUUAACAGCAAAUGGUAAUUAGCUGACAUAGCAAGCCCUGCCAUUGCAAGCAGAGCAUGGGCUUUUCUUUGUUGGUAUCAUCUGCCAUGAG